GACACAGCAUGGUAUAUUCCUGAAAUUCAUCCAUGAUGCUGAAUGUGUAUUCAUGCCUGGCCACUACGUGAUGACAGUUCUUACACAGACGAUCAUAGGUCACUAUUUCUUCUCCAUCUUCCUCUUUUAGGGAUUUGUUUGUGAUCAGCAUAAAAUCCCGCUUAUUGCACACUGCACAGCCAGUGAAGUUCAGUAAGAAAGAUCUGUUCUCCAGGCAGGUGACAUGAGGUGGCAGCAGCUCAGCCCCACAGGUGCCAUGCCAGCAGGGUGUGCUGCUCACUCAGCCGCGGCUGUGGGGAAACAUGUGUAUGUCUUUGGAGGGAUGACUGCCACCGGGGCACUGGACACCAUGUACCGGUAUCACACAGAGAAACAGCAUUGGACCUUACUUAAAUUUGAUACUCGUCUACCCCCUGGACGAUUGGACCACUGCAUGUGUAUCAUUCCGUGGCCAGUGACAUCUGCUGAGAAAGACUCAGAAUCGGUCACAUGGAACUGUGAAGCUGAGGAAGGAGAUUCCAAUGACAAAGUGACCCAGAGGGGGGAUUUACAUGAGGAAUGUCAGGCUGACACAUUGCUGUGUUUUGUGUUUGGUGGGAUGAAUACAGAAGGGGAUAUCUACGAUGACUGUAUUGUGACUGUAGUUGACUAAUAAAAGCCACACUUAUUUUCAAAAA